UUGUGGAAACUUUCUGUUUCUAGAUCGACUGCACAAGUGUGAGGCGGCGAUAAGUUUGCGGAAGUUUGGUUUCAUUGAAGAAAAUAAACUGACAGCUUUGUUUCAGGUCCUCCAAUGAGGCAUCAACAGUGAGAUUGUGCCAUGGCAUUGGACAGCAUACGAAUACAUUCUCACGAGCUUACUGAAAAAGAACAAAUAGACUGUGGAGGGUGUGGAGUAGUAUACAUAUGUCUUCAUGCAACACAUGGAUUAGUAGUUUUAAAAACUGUUUACACUGGGCCUCAUCGAACAGAGUUUAACAAAUCUCUGUUAGAGGAGGGAAAGUUAAUGAAGAAACUGAAUCAUGAGCGAGUGGUGAAACUGCUUGGUGUGGUUUUAGAAGAAGGCAACUACUCUCUUGUAAUGGAGUAUUUACCCAAAGGCAAUCUCCUUAAAAUGCUGCAAUCUGUAUCUGUUGCACUUUCUAUAAAAGGAAGGAUCAUAUUAGAGAUCAUUGAAGGAAUGUCUUAUUUAAACCAAAACAAUGUCGUUCACAAGGAUCUUAAGCCAGAAAAUAUAUUAUUAGAUGAAAAUUUUCAUGUUAAGAUUGCAGACCUGGGACUUGCCAUAUGUCAAACGUGGAGUAAGUUGACCAAAGAAGAAUCUCGUAGACAAAGCCGGCUAGGUAACAAGCCUCAAAGCAAUGCUGGAACACUGUGUUACAUGGCACCAGAACAUCUGAAGCAAAUCAACACAAAACCCACUGAAAAAUCUGAUGUGUAUAGCUUUGGAAUUGUAGUAUGGGUCAUUCUGGCUAACAAGGAGCCUUAUGAAUAUGCGCAAGGCGAGUGUCAUUUGUACCACUGCAUUAGUGAGGGAAACCGUCCCGACAUGAGUGAACUUGCUUCUGAUACUCCACGUGAAUUUCUAGAUCUGAUGGUCUCUUGUUGGAAUGGAGAUCCAAAGGAAAGGCCUUCAUUUACAGAGUGUAAUGCCAUUUUUUGCCCUUUCUACAUGAACAAUUUGUAUCACAGAGUUGAAGGAGAUUUAAGAGAUCUUCGGAAAGCUUAUCAGGGUCCAAAGGAAUGUAUAGAAAAAAUGAAGUCACUAACAAUUGAAUCAUCACCUUCUGAAUCAGAUCAUCCAUAUUCUCUGCACUCCCAAGGAUCUUCAGAGGAAAGUAAUGAACUAGUCAAUAUUGCUGCCUUUAAUCGCCAGACUUCUAUACAGAUAGAUGCACAGUCUGACAAUGACAUCCUGCAGCAAAAGCUGGAUGAAGAGUGGAUGUACCAUGCACAUGGCAGCCGCCUGGAUCAGCAAAGGAGCCAAGUUUCUGGCAGCCGUGCAGAUCCAGUUUACGAAGAACGAAACAGAAGAGUUUCUAGUAAUCCUCAUUAUGAAAAGAAAUCUUUUGCUCAAAGCAGGCUACCAUCUGAAAAUGAAGUACCUGUUGGCUUUCCUGUCUCAGAAAGUCACCAUCUUUCCUUCUUUCCCAUUGGUGAAGAAACUGAAAGAAAUCAACAGAAUUUUCCUAGAUAUAGCAAUCAGGCAUAUGCUGGAAUGCCAAAAACUCCAGUUUAUAAUGUGCCAUUGCCUCGUAUGAUUUCUAGACCAGCUGGAUAUCCAAUUCCUGAAUCUAAUAAUCCAGAUACUAUUUCAGAGACACCAAUGACACCUCAAAAUAAUUACCCAUCAACAGAAAUGGGAAAUACUAACAUCCCUACUUUUGAUUCCCGUGCUGGGCUAGACGGUUCUUUUUUACCUAUACCUGGAAUACAAACAGGUUCAGGUCUUUAUAUAAAUAACGUCACUGGGAUGCAGAUUGGCCAUAAUAAUUAUAUGAGUAUUGGAAACCAGGCCUUCAGUUCUUUUGAGAAUCUCCAUGAAAAUAUAGAAGACAUGAUAAAAACCUAUGAAAAUUACCCAGUUAUGGAGGCACACAUGGAACUUGUUCGAAACAGCUUAGGGAAGAAAUGGAAACACUGCGCUCGCAAGCUUGGUUUUGAGGAACCAGAUAUUGAAGAGAUUGACCAUGAUUAUGAGCGUGAUGGGCUCAAAGAAAAGGUUUACCAAAUGUUGGAAAAAUGGAAAAUGAGGGAGGGACAGCAAGGCACUACAGUUGGAAAGCUUUGUAGAGCCCUUCAAAGCUGCUCCAAAAGAGACCUUCCAAUCAAAUUACUGGAAAUGUGCAAGGAUGUUGCAUAGCAAACAAAAAAUAUAUCUAUAUUGAUUUUGUUCAAGUAAUUCUUUUACUGUUUUAGCUGCUUUCACAUUAAGAGAAAAUGGUGUUCAUCCAGCAGAUCUAUAAAAUAUCCUUGGAGUAAGUCUGUUGUAGAAUAAAUCUGACUUAAAAUUUUGAACACUGCAAAGACAAUGUUAAAAUUUGGGACUUCAUUUAUGUAAUACAUCUAAUUGUACUGUAUGGGGUUUUUUUUUUAUAUAAAUUUUAUUUUUCUAUUGAUAUUGAUGUAUCCUUAAUCAUUACUGCUUCAUCGCCUUUGAACAUUUUUAAAGUCUAUUUGUAUUGUAAGUUACAGUCCACAGAAACAUAAUAGAUUUUAAUCAUGUCUAAGCUUUGCCUAUGUCCAGUGUACUGUAAAUUCCUCAGCUAAUGUUGCAUAGAUUUGUUUUUGUUUUUACGUGGAUACACCAUUCUGUGAUUUGUUGCAGUAUUUCCUUUAAUGUGCAAUACUAUGUUGGGUAAUAUAGUAACAUAAAAAAUAAUGAUUUAUAUUGUCUGGUUCAUUUUAAAAAUAGUAAAAGUAACUGAAAUACCCAGAAUUAUGAGACUUAUUGAACUAUUAUGGGACAUAUCAGUGUGACCACAGAAAGCAGUACUCAGAAGUUUUAAUUAAAUAAGUAAUUUUAUAAUAUUGAAUCAUGUGCCUUCCAGAGUGUAUAUUUAGGUAAUAAUAACCAAAGAUUCAGCGAAGUGUAGGGCCCUCUCCGAGCUCAUUAUAACAGGAUGUUUCAAGUGAUCUCUCCACAGGUGCAGGAAGUGUCUACUCACUAGUAUCCCCAGGUUUAUCCGACCCCAAGAAUACACAAUUUUAGGGAGCAGGAUUAUGAACUUACCUCCAUACAUCAGCUCUAAAAGUAGGACUUCCUGUAUAUGAUCACUUUUAAACCACAAUGCGAUUAUAAUAUGCUAGUACACAUUUGCAGUAUACCCAAGCCACUUUUUGAGUUAUGAGAUUCAUCUUCCUUCCAGUUGUGUAGCUAGAAUGUCAACAUAUGUCCGUCCUGGCCACUUCCUGAUAUUUAACUUUAGGAAGCACUUCUCCAGCUAAGAAUCACUUUAGCCUCAUGUUGUACUUUGGAGACUUUGCCAUACAUCAGAGCAGUAAGUGGGUAGAGGCAUCACGUGCCUCAAGAAAGGAUACUUUGAGACCUCUGAAUGAUGACCUAGAGAAUGAUUUCUGAAAGUAAUAUUUUCCAUAUAACUUUGUACUUUAUAUUGGGAAACAUGCAUGGGGCAAUCAUAGUGGAUAUUCCAGAGUGACAUACUGUUUGUUUAAAGAGAAUGACAGUUGCUGUACAUCUUCCAAUUAGAUUGAUUUGUUUGUUUUUGCUAAAAGCUUCAGCUGAAGGGUGCUAGAACUUCCGGCAUUUGGAGUGAACCUUGAUCUCAAACAUUUGCUUAAACUUGUAUUAGCCAUAAUUGGCUCAUGUGCUCUGUCUUAAUGCUCACUUAUCCAUGCCAGUUAAGUCUGUACAGACCAGAUUGCUUUUGCAUUGGUAAAAAUCCACUUAUGGAUUGUUGAGAGUGACUGGUAAAUAUAGCAUCUCAUUUCAGAGCUAAGAGAAGCAGUGUGGCAGAAGAAGUAAUCUUUCCUAAGAUUUUGUAUUUUCAGCUGCAGUUGAGCUACAGUUAGUUUGGUUCAGUUUGAGUUACAUCAUAAAUGUGCUAAAGUGAAUGUUCAGGAGAAAGAAUUACUAUUGUAAAAUGGCAUAUUGGUAAUAUAAAAGGUAGUCUGCCAUCGCAUCAGUGCCAAAAAAUUACAGUUAACAUGUGUAGCAAUGUGAUGGUUUUGCCCCUGCUUAUGUGUAAAUUACUUGUAGAUUUGGUUGAAUCAGAUCAAAAUCCCAAGUCUGAAGUGAGAAGAGUGCCCCUCCAAGAUUGCAGAGUAUAAAACAUUUUUUUUUUAUUUUGCAGUAAACAUUUGGUUGAUCAGAAGCAAUCGUCAGUCAUUAAAAAAAGCAGGUACUGAAAGGAGUUGAAGGCUAAAAGCAGAAGGCAUUGAGGCAGUACAGGAUUAUGCUUGUUUGGUGUUUUCUACCAUACUGUAUAUAUUGAAAUUAUUAAUCAUGAGGGUUUGCCAUGCCAUGCAUUAGUCAACCCAAUCAAUCAAGAGCAUUUUGAGCUUAGGUGAUGCUGUGGCAGUUCGAAGUAUUUUAUGUUAAGUGCAGCAGUAGUAUAAGGCACUCUUCUAUAUUUUUUUUUAUGUUUCGUAACUCUGUUUAUCAUGGACAGUCUCCCUUGUGUGUGUCAUCUCCUAUUAGAAAUACCAUUCAGAGAAUUAACAUUAGGAAUUAAACUGCCGAGCCUUCGGUACUAUUUGUUAGACUUGCAACACAGCACUUUUUCCAGUGUAUAGCCUUAUGACAGGAAUGGCAUGGGUGAUAUUAGUCAAGGAAUUACAGCAAUAUUGCAGUAGUCAGAAAGAAGAGGAUGACAGAAGAGAAACUUGCCUCAUUAUUUAUCCUCAAGUAGGUCUUUGGGAUGGCUAUUAAUUUUUUAGUAUUUUUGUCUGUUGUUAUGUAGAAAAUAGGAAAUAUAUUAGUAAAUCUUGUGUUUGUCACAAGAGUUGUGCCAUCUAGGGUGGGACAGUACAUAAUUUUUACCUACUGUGUAUCUCCGUUUAUUUAACAAUAUAACUAAGCCUGAAGUGUACAUUUUUACACAGUGUGGACCACUUUCCUAAGAUUUAUUCAGAUUGUCCCCAUUUUAGGUAUUUUGAUAUUCCUGUACCUAAUAAAUUAGUUUUUCCCCUAAUUCCAGCAAAUAUCCAAUUUGAUCUGUCUUUGGCAUCUUGGGGCAAUGAUAAGAAAUGAAUUUACGAUUGGUACAGUAAUUUUUGGAUUAAGAUUGGCUCAGAGAGCUGGGGUGUAAAGCGAAAUUGGGAACUUAUUAAGGCAGCAUAAGUUAAUGUUGAUAUUUUUACUCAUCUUGCAACUCACCAAAAACAUGCUUAAAGAAUGAAGUGUAUCUGCUAUGGUAUAAUAUUUAAAUAUGAAUGACACAUUUUAAAGUUCAGGACUUUUUGGCAUUUAAAGUCCUUUUAAUUUGAUGUGUAACCGAUUGAUAUUUUUGGCGUUAAUUCAUUUGAGUUCUUCGUUUCUCUUAAAAUUAAACUAAUAGUGCAAAAAUACUAAUGGAAGUGCCAUAUUGUACUGAUGUAUGCAACCAAAGUAUGUGAUAAAAUGUGACUGCCAGAGUACAUUUGUGUUACUUUCCUUUAAAUAUUAAAAAAAUGUUGUUUGAUAACAUCGAUGUAUAUAUUACUGUAUGAUUAUAUUUACACAUCUGUUUUAAUUCUUUAUCAGAAUGUAAAUGCCAAUGACUGUCUCUGAUAAUAAAAGCAAUAAUGCAGUGCUCUUA